UGGUCUCAUCGGGGUGCGGAUUGAUAGGACGCGCGUUGGGUGACAGACGUCCUCUCGUGGGUGCUUCCCCGUUGUGAAUAUGCCGGCGGUCCAGUCAACUCUUUAUCAUACUCGCGACGUGAGUUAAUGUCCGAUGUGUCUCCUACGGUGUAACAGACUCGUACGAAGUUAGAGUCUCCUGGACCUCCCAACAGCUGCAGGGAGCGAAAGUAUGUCGUUUGAUCGUCGAGGGCGAGGGAGGCAAUGAUUUAAUUUGAUGGAUUUGAAGCGUACCACUCCAAGACCGGAAGGAAUGCCUCUGGACCCGGAUAUCCAAGAAGCGACGAAUGAGGCAACCAUCACAGUGGAACCAGGCGCGGCGACCCAAGUGACGGAAGCCGCGCCGAACAAUUACAAUCCACCGCCGCUUUAUUAUCACGUCAACGUCCUGCCGUAUCAGCCGUCCGUGUCGGGUGUCGCUGACAGAGGGGCACCACCUUCGUACGAAGAGGCGAUCGAUCCCAAUGCUCCUCCCCCUUCUUAUGAAUCGUUGUUCGGUCGCAUGAGGGAAGCCCACAAGGGAAGGAAGGACAUAUUCGACUUUUUGCAAAAUAUACUAAUCAUACUACUGGGCACAAUUGGACUUACGAUAUUUUUGGGUAUUACAAUUGUAAUUCCGAUAUGUAUGAUGGUUGUCGGUGGGCUUUAUCUGUACGACUGUCCUCAAGAGGAAUACAUUCCUAUUUUUUUAUUAGUCGGAGGUGGCUUUGGAAUAUUAAAACAGCUGCUUCAAUUGUCCUCGAGAAUACAACAUAGUCGCGAAGAACAAGACGAAAACAGGAUAACACAGACCCCUACUCAAAAAUUAAUUAACAUUUUUUUACUUAUGUGGUUUACGUUUGGAACAUACUGUGUUUAUAAGGAACAUGAACCAAAUUAUGACCCGUCGCUGGGUAAAUAUUGCAAUAAGACAGUAUAUUUAUUUGCAUUCUGGUCAGUUACCGUAUUCUACAGUGCGUUCAUAUUUCUACUGGCUUUCGCUUGUAUUUUCACAUGUGGAAGCUUACUAGCAAACAUAAGACAAGACUUACGUAUGGGUGGAAUCGACGAUUAAUUUCAAGAAAGUGAAGCUGAAUACC